AUGUCUAAAUUCGGCGUUUUGGUUAUGGGUCCGGCUGGCGCCGGCAAAACGACGUUCUGCACCGCCCUCAUCCAGCACCUUCAAAACAACCGCCGUAGCUGCUUUUAUGUCAAUCUUGACCCUGCGGCCGAAUCUUUCGCCUAUGAACCGGACCUAGACAUUCGGGAAUUAAUCACGCUUGAAGAUGUGAUGGAAGAGUUGCACCUCGGCCCUAACGGCGGCCUAAUGUACUGUUUUGAGUUUCUACUACAGAAUCUCGAUUUUCUCAACGAUGCUCUUGAUCCGCUUACUGAGGAAUAUUUGAUCAUUUUUGACAUGCCCGGCCAGAUAGAGUUAUAUACCCAUGUCCCAUUACUGCCAUCACUAGUUCAAUAUCUCUCCCGUGCUGGGCCGUUGAACAUUUCACUUUGUGCUGCGUACCUGAUGGAAAGCACCUUUGUUGCGGACCGGGCAAAGUUUUUUGCUGGUACUUUGAGUGCCAUGUCUGCUAUGAUUCUCUUGGAAAUGCCGCACGUCAAUAUAUUAAGUAAGAUGGAUCAAGUCAAAGGGUUGGUGGGGAAGCGAGAAUUGAAGAGAUUCACCUCCGUGGAUGUGAACUUGUUGGCUGAGGAGCAGGGGGAAGAGGGAAUCCCAGUUGAUCCAUCAUCUACUGGGGAGCUAUUAAGUGGAGGGUCUUUCAAGCGGCUAAAUCGUGCCGUUGCGCAGCUAAUAGAUGACUUCAGCAUGGUCUCAUUUUUGAAACUAAAUGUGCAGGAUGAAGAUAGUAUUGCUGGAGUUUUGAGCCACAUCGAUGAUACUAUUCAGUAUCACGAAGCCCAAGAGCCAAGAGAGCCCGUUGAUGAGCAAGAAUACGACUUGGAAUGA